GGUGUCGCCCCGCCCCUUGCGCUCCUCCCGCCCCUUGCGCUCCGCCCGCCGCCCUGCCGGCCGCCUCCUCGGCGUCGCCGGCUCCCCCGAGGUGACGACAACAUGGCUGCGGCGGCCAGGCUGCUCUUCUGCCUGCUCCUGCUCUGGCCGCCCUGGCCGGGGCUGGGCCUGACGGACCUGGACACGGGCCGGCGCUUCUCGGAGCAUAAACUCUGCGCCGACGAAGAAUGCAGCAUGUUAAUGGUCCGAGGUGAGGCUCUGCAAGAUUUUGCAGGCCCGGAUUGUCGUUUUGUGAAUUUUAAAAAAGGAGACCCUGUAUAUGUCUACUAUAAACUGGCAGGGGGAUCGCCUGAAGUUUGGGCAGGAAGUGUUGGACGAAUUUUUGGAUAUUUUCCAAAAGAUUUAAUAAAGGUAGUCUAUGAAUAUACUAAAGAGGAGAUACAAGUUCCAACAGAUGAGACAGAUUUUGUUUGUUUUGAUGGGGGAAGAGAUGAUUUUGAUAAUUAUAAUAUAGAAGAACUUUUAGGAUUUUUGGAAUUUUACGAUUCUGCACCCGAAGAUUCUGAAAAAGCUAUAGAAGAAACUUCCCAGCAUGUGAACAGACUUCCUGGGGUGUCUGAGGAAAAGAACCCUGACACUGAACCAGUAGAAUCCAGCUCAGAGGACAAUGAAGGUGUCUUCUCAGAAAACACUGAGGAACUCAGGGGAACACCUGAGGCUCAGAAGAGCUACCCCCAUAUAAACGGUCCAACAGAUCCCGCCCAGGGAGAACGAUCUUCAUUUGAACCUUUUGAAGAAAUGCUGCAAGAUAAAUUAAAAGUGCCAGAAAGUGAAAACAACAAAACGAGCAAUAGUUCUCAGGUGUCCGAUGAACAGGAGAAGAUGGAUGCUUAUAAACUUUUGAAAAAAGAAAUGACUCUGGACUUGAAAACCAAAUUCGGUUCAACUGCUGACGCAUUGGUAUCUGAUGACGAGACGACCAGACUCGUUACUUCAUUAGAAGAUGAUUUUGAUGAGGAAUUGGAUGCCGAGCAUUACACAGUUGGGAAGGAAGAAGAGGAGGAUAAAGAAAACUUUGAUGAGAUACCGUUGCUAACCUUUUCAGGUGGAGAGGAUACGAAAACUCCGGUGAAAUCUGGAGCUGAGAAAUACUCAACAGACAAAGAACAGAAUUCACAUGAAGAGCGUAAGGUUAUGGUAGCUCAGCCCCCUGGCAUGAAAAACGAUGAUAAGAAUAUACUAACAUCCUUGGAGGAUUCCAGCCUCUUUCUUGCCACAAAAAGUGAAGAACAAAGAGGUGUGGAUUUAGAGAGUUCUGAUUCCAAGGAAGAAAAGGAAAGUGAUGAUGCAUUAGUCCCAGAGAGCAAACAGGUCACACCACGGUCAGCAGCAGAUUAUAUUGACCCUGAAAAGGCAGAAGAUGGUCCCUUGAUUGUAGAGGUCUCUAAAACAAAUAAUGACAAAGACCCGGAAAUGGACCCAGAACUCCACAUUAAAGAAAAGAGGAAGGUGGAGGAUUCCGGGAGGGGCCUGGUGCAGGAUGAGACGGGACUAGAGGAUGCCAAGCCAGAAGGCAUGACCGUGCACAGGGCUCCUCAAAGCAGUGACCUCAAUGCAUUGCCAGCUGCUGAAAAGGGUAAAGAAACAUUAAAAUCAGGCUUUGACCACAAAGAAGAUGACCUGAAAGGAGCAACUGUAGAUAUCUCAGAAGGAACACUCCAGGAAGAAAAGCCUGGAGAGCAGAUUUUGGAAGGUGGCUCAGAGAGUGGCUCGGUACAUACAGCUGCAGGGAAUCCAAUGAAAGAAGGGAAGAUUGAACAGGAAUCCAGGCAUAGUGCACCCCUCGCGGGGGAUAACCAGCAUAAUGCAUCCAAAGACAGUGUGGAGGGUGGAGAUGUUCCAGCAAGUGGACCAAAACCACCCUCGCUUUCAGUGGAGCAUCCACAUGAGAAACUGAAAGAGGAAACACUUCUUAAAACUCAAAACCAGCCUCGAUUCUCCUCUCCAGACGAAAUUGGUUUGCCAAGAGAACUGGAAGAAGGGAGUCCUGUUCUGGGAAGAAAUCUUUCCCAGCAACAGGGAAGAGAUGUGGCUGCUGUAGUUAAUAAGGAAGCAAAUGAAAAGAUAAGACGCUCUGAGGAAGAGGUCAAACAGGACCCCUCAGAUGAAGACUUUGUUCACCGCAAGCCAACGCCGGGCAUGCAGGAAGUGGAAACAACAGACCAAAAUGAUAGCGCGGAAGUACCGGAUUUCCUUGAUGAAGAAUGGGAAGCAGAAGAUGACGAUUACGCUCCUGAAGAACUACUGGAGGAUGAAAAUGCCGUAAGUGCAGGAGAGUCUAAAGAAGAAAGCCCUGUGAUUCAGGACAGGCAGCUUGAUGUUAAUGCGCAAGGCCCCGAAAGAGCCGUUUUAGGCGCUGUGGAUGCUGAUCCAGAAACCGAAGAAAACAAAGAAGAAACUGGUAGCCUUUUAGAAAUUGAAAGAAAAAAUGAAACUGUGGGCGAAAUAGACAGGAAACCUGGUCAUAUGGUGGUGGAAAAAGAAGGCGGCCCUCUGGUAGAUGAGAAAGCACAGCGGCCAUCUGAAGGCAGUGACUUUCCUGACAAGAAAAAAGAUGAGACUCCAGAGUUAGGUGAAGUGUUUGAGGAUAAAGAUCCUGAUUAUUUUAAAGAGGACAGCCCUGAGGAACACCUGAACACCUCAGGGCUCACUGAGAAGCCUGGGGGAGAAGAAGUCUCAAAAGAGGACCGUGAGGACUUAGAGAAAUUCAUGGACACAGAACGCCAGGGGUCUGCUUCUGGGGAACGCGAAGAUGACGUGUUCCACUGGCCUCCCCACUGGACCGCAAAGCCCAAGCAGAGUGACAAGAUGAAGGACGCGCCUAUAAUAAGCAGCUUCUUUAAAGAACCGCAGUCUUUGCAGCGGUUCCAGAAGUACUUUGACAUCCAUGAGCUGGAAGCCCUCUUCCAAGAAAUGUCACUAAAGCUGAAGGCAGCCCAGCAGGAGAGCCUGCCUUAUAAUGUGGAAAAAGUCCUAGAUAAGGUUUUCCGUGCAUCGGAGUCCGAAAUUCUGAGCAUAGCAGAGAAAAUGCUCGAUACUCGUGUGAUCAAAAAUGGAGAACUGGGAGUGAAGGAAAGUAACAUAUUUGAAGAGGCCGCGGUGCUAGAUGACGUUCAAGACCUAAUCUAUUUUGUCAGGUACACACACUCCAUAGCAGAGGAGACUGUACCCCCGGCAGCAGCACGGCGUCCAGCGGAAGACUGGGAUAGACUGAUGGAAGACGUCCCCCCACCACGUGAAGAUGAUUUCUCACAAGAGGACACAGAAGAUCUUAAAACAGAGAUUCCUGAAGAGCCCAGCUGCUUGGAUCAAUUGGAUCAACCCACAACUAGUGACGUGGGUACCUCAGAAAUGUCACAGAAGCCGAAUACUGAGAAAGACAUACACCCAGGCAUAAUUACAACCAAGCGCACUCCUGUCAAUGCUGUUGAUCCUAGAAAGCAGCAAGAAACGAAGGCUGAAGAAGCGACGAGUGUCACACCUUGGGAAAAUGCAAUUCUUUUAAUAUAUUCAUUCAUGUUUUAUUUAACUAACAUGCUACUUGCUACAUUGCCUGAUGAUGUUCAGCCUGGACCCGAUUGUUAUGGCCUGCCAUGGAAGCCUGUGCUUAUCACUGCCUCCUUAGGAAUUGUUUCAUUUGCCAUUUUCUUCUGGAGAACCAUCCUUGUUGUUAAGAGUAGAAUGUACCAAGUCACUGAACAGCAAAUUGCUGAGAAGUUGAAGACUAUCACCAAAGAAAAUGCAGAACUUGUACAAAAAUUGUCAAAUUAUGAACAGAAGAUCAAGGAAUCAAAGAAGCGUAUUCAAGAAACCAAGAGACAAAAUAUGAUUCUCUCAGAUGAAGCCAUUAAAUUUAAGGAUAAAAUCAGGAACCUUGAAGAAACUAAUGGAAUUCUGGAUGAGACAGCUAAAAAUCUGCAUGUUAUGUUAGAAUCUGAGAGAGAACAGAUUGCCAAAAAUCAGGACUUGAUAUCGGAAAACAAGAAGUCUAUAGAGAAGUUAAAGGAUGUUAUUUCACUGAAUGCUUCAGAAUUUUCUGAGGUUCAGAUUGCUCUUAAUGAAGCUAAACUCAGUGAAGAGAAGGUGAGGUCUGAAUGCCUUCGGGUUCAGGAAGAAAAUGCUAAACUUAAGAAGAAGAAAGAGCAGUUGCAGCAGGAAAUCGAAGACUGGAGUAAAUUGCAUGCUGAACUCAGUGAGCAAAUCCAGUCAUUUGAGAAGUCUCAGAAAGAUUUGGAAAUGGCUGUCACUCACAAAGAUGAUAAGGUUGAUGCUUUGGUUAAUUGCAUUACACAGUUGGAUCGGAUAGAUUGUGAAUCUGAACCUGAGGGUCAAAAUAAAGGAGGAAAUGAGCCAGGUGAAUUAGCAAACGGGGAAGUGGGAGGUGACCAGAGUGAGAGGAUGAAAAAUCAAAUUAAGCAGAUGAUGGACGUUUCUCGGACCCAAACUGCAAUAUCGUUGGUUAAAGAGGAUCUAAAACUUUCACAAGUUAAGCUUAGAGCGUCGAUGUCCACUGAGUGUAACCUGAAAGACCAAAUAAAGAAAUUAGAAGAUGAUCGCAGUUCCCUGGAGGCUGCCAAAGCUGGACUAGAGGCUGAGUGCAGCACCUUGAGGCAGAAAGUGGAGGUUCUGAACGAGCUCUAUCAGCAGAAGGAGAUGGCUCUGCAGAAGAAGCUGAGUAAGGAGGAGUUUGAGCGGCAGGAGAAGGAGCAGCGGCUGUCAGUCGCAGACGAGAAGGUGGUGCUGGCGGCCGAGGAAUUGAAAACUUACAAGCGGAGAAUUGAAGAAAUGGAAGAUGAAUUACAGAAAACCGAGCGCUCAUUUAAAAACCAGCUCGCUGCGCACGAGAAGAGAGCGCAUGAUAACUGGCUCAAAGCUCGUGCUGCGGAAAGAGCUAUAGCUGAAGAGAAACGAGAAUCUUCUAACUUGCGACACAAAUUAUUGGAAAUGACCCAAAAGAUGGCCAUGCUGCAGGAAGAACCUGUGAUUGUAAAACCAAUGCCAGGAAGACCCAACAUGCAAAAUGCUCCCCGGAGAGGUCCUCUGAGCCAGAAUGGCUCUUAUGGCCCGUCUCCUGUGAGUGGUGGAGAGUGCUCCCCUCCACUGACAGCAGACCCACCCGCGCGACCUCUCUCUGCCACGCUCGGUCGAAGAGAGAUGCCUAGAAGUGAAUUUGGGUCAAUGGACGGGCCUCUCCCUCAUCCUCGAUGGUCGUCUGAGGCAUCUGGAAAACCCUCUGCCCCUGAUGCAGGAUCUGGCGCAGCUCCCACGAUGAACAGCGGCUCGAGAAGCUCUUCCCCUGCCAAGGUGGCGGAGGAGGGCAAGCAAACUGUUCCCCAAGAGCCUGAAGGCCCUUCAGUUCCCAGCAUUACAUCUUUGGCUGAGCCUCCUGGAGCAGUGAAUAUGGCUACAAAAGGGCCCCCUCGUUUCCCAGGGGUGCCCUUCAUGGGCUCUCCUGUGGGAGGCCCUCUCCCACCGCCCAUUCGCUAUGGACCACCGCCUCAACUCUCCGGGCCUCCACCGCCCAGUCAGUAUGGACCGCCGCCUCAACUGUCCGGGCCUCCACCGCCCACUCAGUAUGGACCGCCGCCUCAACUCUCCGGGCCUCCACCGCCCAGGCAGUAUGGACCGCCGCCUCAACUCUCCGGGCCUCCACCGCCCAGGCAGUAUGGACCACCGCCUCAACUCUCUGGGCCUCCAGCGCCCAAUCAGUAUGGACCGCCGCCUCAACUCUCCGGGCCUCCACCGCACAGUCAGUAUGGACCGCCGCCUCAACUGUCUGGGCCUCCACCGCCCAGGCACUAUGGACCGCCGCCUCAACUCUCCGGGCCUCCACCGCCCAUUCAUCAUGGACCGCCUCCCCAGCUCUGUGGGCCCUUUGGACCUCGGCCACUUGGCCCACAAUUCGGUCCUGGUCCGCGCCCACCACUAGGCGUAAGAGAAUAUGCACCAGGUGUUCCACCUGGAAAAGGGGACCUCCCUGUCGACCCUCGAGAGUUUUUACCGGGACACGCACCUUUUACACCUCCAGGCAAUUUUGUCCCGAGAGAAUACUUUAUUCCUGGUGCCCGAUUACCACCCCCAACCCACGACCCCCAGGAUUAUCCACCUUCUGCUGCAAGAGACUUACCACCUUCCGGCUCUCGAGAUGAGUCCCCGCCUGCCUCGCAGAGCAGUGGCCAGGACUCCUCAUCAGCCUUAAAACACAGCCCCUAAGGGACCUCUGACACUUCGUCCAAGAGAAGGUGAACCGUGCACUCUUGGGUUACAGUAAAGGAUUUUAUUGGCUUCAAAAUCCAAAAGUUUAUUUUCAAAGGUUUUAGAACUAAGCUGCCCUGGCAGUGUGCAUUUUUGAGCCAAACAAUUAAAAAAUAUCAUUUUCCCCCCUAAAUAGAAGCCACCUCGGAAUCUAGCACCUUCUUACAACUUUGAAAUGUGCAAUAAAGAAUACCUGUGUUUCAUUAAUGUAGCAUAUGUAACUGCUAAAUGAUUUAGAGCGUCAUGAAAAAUAACAUUUCCUGUGGAAAUGCUAUAAGAACACGUAUUUCCAUUUAUCCUAUUUUUAGUGUACAUCAGUUGAAUAUAGAGCAACAGUGUUUAUAAGCUUGAGUUUUUAAAAUAUCUGGUCAUGAAGACUGUUACACUAAAAAUGUUUACUAAAAGAUCACGCCACUCUCUCCCCUCUUGCUGAGGUUCUCUGUAGUAAUAGUUCAUAAAAAUUUCCUUAUUAAUAUUUCCCAAGUGUCUCUUGCUUCAUUGGAUUCUUUUCUCAUGAGAUGGGUGCCAUGUUGGAAACAUGCAAACUCAGGCCCCCAAAACUGGAGAUGGUGACUUGGCAGCAGCCCUGUUGCUCACCACGCAGGAGGGGCAACCUCAGAGUCACCUGGGAACGCGACAACUGACGUCAUCCUUUUCCUUGAAAUCCAGUGGGCCCAUCUGUACGGCAUUCAUGUGCUUGCUUGUGACUCUCACUGCCUAGUUGAGGUGGUUUCCUGAGUAUGCGUUUCCAUUAGUAGCAGGACUUGUUGAACCUGCUGUUCUGUUGCUUUUCACCAUUCUUGCAUUAAGGGUGCUUGACAGAAAAAUGAAAAUGAUGUGUUGUGACCAUAAAAGUAAGGAAAUUUGUUUUAAAAAA